UCAAGGGCACGCCAUGUUGUCCUGGGAAUUGUUUGAUGUUAGUAUCUUAUGUCGUUCAGUCUAUCUUUUACUUUAUAGCGAAAGAAAUAAUUUUGUGCUCCAUUGGUUUCCUACGAAAGAAGAUAUUUGGAUUCACGAGGAAUUGGUAGAAACGUUUAACAACUUAGGUAGUUAUGCAGCGUGAAACGUGUGGCUCAGAUGUUAUUUUUACCCCAGAAAAUGACAACAAGGAGAUAGCAGAGGUGGCAGACCUGUCAAUGAAGAAAAGAAAAUGUAGGGAUGAUGAAGUUCCUGAAAUGAUUGAUUUAAGUAUAAAGAAGAGAAAAAUUGACACGUUACAGGAAGGCUUAAAUAUUGAUAACAGUGCAUCAUCUUUUAGCACCAGUUUUGAUGAUGAAACUAGUGGGAAAAAAAAGUCUUUAAGGUGUCAGCCAUUCAGAGCUGUUCGUUAUUGUGAUUCUUACAAUCAAAACACUGCCAUUGAUCAGGUUCAGCAUGGGCAGCAGGCAAGAGAGUGUGAUUCUCUGCCAGACUCUUCUGAUUCAGAGGAAGUGGAACUUCCGUUACCAACACUUAAAGAGUUGAGUGAAGAAGAGUUGCGAGAAAAAGAAAAAAAAUUGCAUAAGCUACGUGAAGAACUUAGGAAUGAAGAGAUGAAGCUGGUUUUACUAAAAAAACUAAGGCAGAGUCAGACUAUGAAAGAGAACAUGAAUACAGCUCAACCUAUACCAGGAAAAGUAGCACCACCUGUUGGUCGAAGUAUCCAGUCAAACUCUGGACAUUCUGUUGAGCAAGGACAUCACUCUAUUUUGCAUGGCAAAAAUUUUGGACAGAAUUUACUUCACCAGUCACCAUUCACAAUUUCUCAAUUGAUGAGAAACCAAAGUCUUCAAGGAUCAUCUUCAGUCAUGAUGGGGCCUAGAAGUGGAAUGCAUUCAACUUUGCCUGCAAAUGUUAUGCUACAGCAGUCAGUAAUGCGACCAGGAAGUGGAUCACUUUCUCGUACACCUGUAACCACACCUCCUAAUGUUGUGAUGGGUUAUCCAGCACAAAAUAGGUCAACUGGGCAGCAAGUAAACAGUGGUCAUGCACAAUCAUUGCCAAGACCAUUAGCAAGCUCUUCUCCACAGACUACUCAAGGAAAUGAGAGAAUGGAUAAUCAGACUCCUGCCCAAAGACAAGCUGUGGCUAAGCUAGCUCUCCGCAAACAACUAGAGAAAACAUUGCUGCAGAUCCCACCUCCUAAGCCUCCGCCACCUGAGAUGCACUUUAUACCUAAUGCAAAUAAUCAAGAAUUUAUAUGCCUUUUGGGUCUGGAAAAGAUUGUUGACUUCAUGAUGCAGGAUAAUCAAACAGCAAGGGCUCCUCCAGAACCAUUUCUCUGUAUUCAGUGUGAUACUGAUUUUACUCCAGUUUGGAAAUGGCAAGAUACAAUCACAGAGUCAGGAAAGAAACAUCCUGCUGUAAUUUGUGAAAUGUGUGUCACCUCAAACAUUAAAAAAGCAUUAAAAGCAGAACAUACCAAUCGCUUGAAAACUGCUUUUGUCAAAGCUCUGCAACAGGAGCAAGAAAUAGAACAGAGCUUGUCUCAAGUUAUUCCAAGCCCUCCACCUUCUACCUCUCCCUUAACACAAGCUCAGUCUUCCACUUCCGCCCCAACAACAACAGUAUUUUCUAAUCGUGGUACACCUCCACCAUCGUCCCAUAGUCCUAUUCCAAGAAUGAAUGCCACUAAUCCCAGUGCAGCAGCCGUUGCUGCUGCUGCUAAUUCAGCUGCUCUUCUUCAGCAAAUACCGAAGUUAACACCAGCACAGCAGUCUAUCUUGCAGGCCCAAGCACAUCAGUUGCACCAGAUUGCCCAGGGCUUGCCUCACCAACCACAACCUGCUCACAUGAUUCCUUUUAAUCCAUUACUAGCCCAGGCGUAUUCUUACCAAAUGCUAGGAAAAGCUCCUUUCACCUCACCUGAUUUGCAGCGUCAGUAUUUACUAGAUAUGAUCCCUCCACGCUCUCUACCCCAAAGUCCAAUGAAUUGGAAGUCUUGAUUUAAAACAUUUUACUCAUUUUUAUACAAUAGGAGAAUCUCAUACUUGCAUUUCUUAUUUUGACAUUCAUCACUUGUCACUACAACAAAUAAUCUGUACAGUAAUUUCUUGGGUGAUUUUGUACACAUAUUUAUUAACAGUUAAACUAUUAAUACUUACAAUAUGGCAACUAAUGUACUAUUAUUAUUUUAUUUUUUAUCAUGGCUUCUGAUAACUUUGUGCUUAUACUCAAGCAUUUUCUUACAUACUUUUAUUGAUCUUUUGAAGGUAAAAAUGGUAUUUUAUGUAAAAAAAAACAUCUAGAAUUAUAUUGAAAUGUUAAGUUUUAGAAGAUAGUAAUUUAAAAUUCAUUUAUACUAUGGGUGGAAGAAAGGGGGGUUUUUGAUAAAGAUUAUGGAUGAAAUUUCAGAAAUAAACAUUUUUUCAUCACUGGCAUCGUUUUAAAUUUUUACAUGCACUGAAUGUCAUUAAAUUAUACCACAGAUUGUACUUUCUACUUUCAAAAAGUGACAGUUUUGUGAAAUCAGUUUUGCAAUUAUUCACUCUAAUCAUGUAUUGCAACUCAUUUUAGCAGAUUAACGUUAGCCUUUAAAUAAAUUAUUUAGAAGUCUCAAAUUUAUUGUAUCUUAUAUAUAAAUACAAAUUUAAAGGUUGUGACAUAUUGAAGCUACUAUAAAUAAGAGGAAAAGUAAUUACUAGUUUACUUGGUAGUAACAGUUUUCUUGCAAUGAAGCAUAUACUUUGUUUUGUAAAAUUUGUUAAUUUGUUGUUCACGCUGUCAAAAUUGGAUCAAAAACUUAUUUUUUAUUUAAUUUCUUUAACUCUGACAUCAACUUGUUUUUCAGAAACUUUCAGAAAUUACAUUUUUUUGGAGAGGUGAGAACCCACAAGUUUCUAAAUACAAGAUUUAUAUUGUUAGAUAUACAAAGAAAUUAGUUAAUUUAGAGACAUAUUUAUGUUGUUAUAAGAAUGAAGUAUUAUCAAACACAAAACCAUUGUAAACCAGAAUCAAAAUAAAUGAGUUAUCAAUUAA